GAAUCAGUCGAUGAUAUUUGCAGAAUCAACGCAAGAUGCCUACCUAGGGUUGUUUUAUGUGGAGUACGGGAGUGCGCAUGCGUGUGCCUCUAUUUGCUUUGGGGACCAGAAUCAAGUCUUCCGGUGAAAAUAUUCAAAAUAAAAGCCUAGAAAAACUUAGAAUUCAUAAACUAACUGGAGAGAUGUAUUUGAUCUGCCAUACAUUGUUUUAUUUAUGCAUGAGUCAUAGUUAAUGGUACAAUAAACAAAUUACUUACAUAUGAUUUUGAAGUACUUUACUUGUCUUGUUCUCGUUUUCUGCAACUCCUAAACAGACCAUAGGAAAAUAUUAAACUGUACUUCACUACAUUUAUACAACAUUUCUCGUUACUUCUUAUUUUUCAGAUCAAAAACGUGGUAUGUUUUAAAAGAGAGUAAACAUCACAAAUAAGUGGGAUAUGUUUAUGUUAUAAAGUGUCCUAAGUAUCAAGCUGUAAACAUGUGCUCUAGCUCAAUCAGCUGUCACAUUGUUGCUUAUAUACUUCAUUUGUAAUAAUAUUAAUAUAUAGAUACACUCAAGCCAAUCUACGUAAUACUUAUUAAAUGCAACAUUUCUACUUUCACCUGAGUUAAGGGGGCUUUUUUAUCAUUAUAAUAUAUUAUAAAAAAGUGCAUUGCAUUAGUGAACUUACUUUAAAAAUGUUUUUUGAAGUAAUGCUUUGAAACAUACAAGAAUUGCACUGAAAUACACAAAAUUAAACUAAAUGUUUUUUUCCUUUAGUAUUUUGGCGCGAACUGAAUAAAUACAGUUGAACGUUUCAAACAGAGCAAUUACAUUCAUAUAUCAGAUAAGACCACAGUAUGUAAAGUAUUUUCCAGUUUUUAUUUAUUUUGUUGUGAUUCAAUGUUGUCAAAAGAGCCCGGUGUGGGCGGGGUCCUGACUGUUUUCUUAGGUGGCCCGUUAAAAUGCCCGAACUCAAAACACUUCUUUUUCCAAGAUGGCGUCGAUGAAGGACAGCGACACCGGCCUGUGGCUUCACAACAAAUUGGGAUCCACGGACGAGCUUUGGACGCCUCCGAGCAUCGCUUCUCUCCUCACCCUGUCAGUAAUUGACAACAUACGGUUGUGCUUUUCGAGUUUGUCGCCGCCGGUGAAGCUGAAACUGCUGCUCGGGAUGCUGCAUCUCCCCCGGCGGACCGUGGACGAGAUGAAGGAGGCCCUGUCAGAGAUCAUCCAGCUGGCGACGGUGGAUUCGGAGCCCUGGGUGCUGAUGGUCGCAGACAUCCUCAAGUCCUUCCCAGAGACCGGCUCUCUCAACCUGGACCUGGAGGAGCAGAAUCCAAAUGUGCAGGAUAUCCUCGGAGAGCUGAGGGAGAAAGUGGGCGAGUGCGAGGCGUCGAACAUGCUUCCUCUGGAGUGCCAGUACCUGAACAAAAGUGCGUUAACCACUCUGGUGGGACCCCUUACACCCCCCGUCAAACAUUUCCAGCUGAAGAGGAAACCCAAGAGUGCGACACUCAGAGCGGAGCUGCUGCAGAAAUCCAUAGAGACAGCGCAGCAGCUGAAAAAGACAGCUGGAGUGCCUUUUCACGCCAAAGGGAGAGGACUGGUGAAAAAGAUCGACACAACCACUCCUCUCAAGGGGAUUCCCAACAAGGCCCCGUUCCGCAGUCCCACGGCCCCCAGUAUGUUCAGCCCGCCCAGUAACCGCACGCCUAUCGCCCCGGCACGGACGCCUCUGCGCAAGGAGAGGGGGGUCAAGCUCUUAGAUAUUUCCGAGCUGGAUAUGGUCGGCGCUGGAAGAGAAGCUAAGAGGAGAAGAAAGACUUUGGAAACGGAGGCGGGAGAGAAAGCAGCCAAAGAAGAAGCGGCAGCAGCAGCGGUGGUGGAGAACACCACGCCAGACUACGCUGCAGGCCUGGUGUCUGCACAGAAACUGGGGGCGUUGACCGAGAAUCCCCUGCCGUCGACCAGCUACCUGCCGGCCACACCCAGCAUGGUCCCCUCCUCCUCUUACAUCCCCAGCUCCGAGGCACAGCCAGCGAACGCCGGUGGGUCGGGGCGGGACACGCUGCAGUCGGCACGCCAACCAGAGGAGUCGGCAACAGCGGGCGCAGGCGCCACGGCAACACUACCGGGCCAGUACAAACAGAGGACGCCCAUGUACAACGCCAGCAACACGACCAACCCCGCGACCCCCACGUCUCCAAGCACGCCCGUCUCCACCCCCGCCAGCAACGGGCCCCCAGCAGCCGCCACCGCCAGCCAGCCAGAGACCCCCACCCAGCCCCCCAGCACCCCUCAGACACCCACACCCACCCCCACGCCACCACAGCCCCAGCCCAAAAAGAAUCUGUCCCUCACGAGAGACCAGAUGUACGCCGCCCAGGAGAUGUUCAAGACGGCCAACAAGGUCACCAGACCGGAGAAGGCCCUCAUCCUGGGCUUCAUGGCAGGAUCCAGAGAGAACCCGUGCCCGGAGCAGGGGGACAUCAUCCAGAUCAAGCUGAGCGAACACACGGAGGUUCUCCCCAAGGCGGACGGCACCGGCAGCACCACCAUGCUGGUGGACACAGUCUUCGAAAUGAACUACUCCACAGGACAGUGGACCCGUCUCAAGAAAUACAAACCCAUCACCAACACCUCCUGAGGAGCUUCAAGGCCUCAAAGUCACACAUCCCAAAUUUCUUAUCCUCCUCUUCAAUAAAAAAACAAACAUGUUUACAUACUUACAAGUAUUUGCAUACACAUUUGGGCCAAAUCCAGCACUCGUGCGUCGAGGAGAGACGGGUCCUCCCUUUCCUGCACCGCCAAAAUGCAGGACUGAAGAAUAUUUCUGUACUUUUUGUUCGGUUGUUACCCUUAGCCUUUUUAUUGUUUCAGUUUUUAUGUCCGAUUCCUGAAUGAUGCUCAGGAGGGGUGAGAGUUAUACGAGUUGGAGCAGAGGAGUGAUUCUUACAACAGGCACCUUUUCAACAUUUGUACUCCGAGGUACAGGCAUGUCAAGUGUCGAGGAGAGGAGAAAAUACGAGCUGUCUGUAUGAAAAAACUGAACUUCAGAACUGAAUCAUAGUUUGACAAAAAAAUAAGAGAACAAUAACGAGAAGUCGUCGUAGAGGUGACCGUAAACACAAAAGAUUUCUCAAUGCUGUCAAGUUCUGUUCGGAGCCUUCCGGUUGAUGUUUUCUUCGGUUUUUCAUCCUUUUUCCGAAGAAGGGAAGAAAAUAAAGUGACAACAGACUCCAGGGGGCGUUUCUCAUCCUUCUUCCUCACGUUUUAGGGAAUGUCCCCGGGUUUACCUGUUGGUGCUUCAGCUUGGCUUUCCCUACUAUUAUACAUGACAUGACAGGCUGAUGAACAUAUUCGGGAGGUU